AUGGAGUACAGCGACUGGUUGAAUCCCCGCCCUUUCCAGGAUGACGCUGGAUUCAUUGGUAAAGUAUUUGCCGCGAAGAUCCGGGAGUCAGGACUUGAGGAGGUUAUAUGCCGUCUUGCAACCGAGAUUUGGACCAAACAACACAUGCAACAAGACCACCAGUUAAGUCGCAGCCAAGACGCUGUUCUCGACACGGAUGAACUCUGGUUCGGCAAGCGCAAGGUCCUGUAUCGACUUCGGAUGCCAGAUAAUUCCCUCUGGAUGGCUCGAUUACAUAACACGCUUUACAAUAAGACCGCAGUGACGGACCACGCAACCCGUAUGACAAACCAGAUGCUCCUGUUUGAAAGCGAAGUAGCUACAAUGCAGUUUGUAAGGGAGAAUACUCAGAUCCCUGUCCCCAAAGUCUACGGAUACGAUUUCACAUAUAAAAAUGUGCUCGGCACGCCUUAUAUCUUCAUGGAGUAUAUUGCCGGGAAGCCUUAUCCCUUUCCCUUCAGUGAGAAAGGACGCAUCAAGGACGCCGACUUGAUCAAAAUACAAACCCAGCUGACCAAUUUCGCAUGGCAGCUUUCAAAGUACCCGUUCGACAAAAUCGGACAGCUUCGCUUUGGUGCCGGCGCAGAGGGAGGUGUAGCCAUUGGACCCAUCAUUGAUCGCAAAGAACGUCUCUAUGGCCCUUUCACAUCGUCGAGGGCAUUUCGAGGGCAUUCUACAGGCAUCGCGCAAAGGCAGUGUAUGAAUUUGAAACACGCCAGCAUCCAUUACAACCUACUGUUCGAUGAACAGUGUACAAUAGUAGGCGUAAUUGACUGGGAAUGGACGCAGACCGUCCCAGUGGAUUCUUUCAAGUUGCUGCCCUGGAACGCUGCGUCCAAAAUGCUACUAUAUCGAGCCGAGGACGUCGCUCGGCACGAGCAGAAUUCAGUCCAACAGUUCAAGGCUCUAUCGGCAGGCGUGGGAAGCGCUGUCAUUGAACGAGAUGUGUUGGAGGCUAUGAUUUCCUUUCAGGGGUCACUGCCUCAAUCUAUCGCUCGAUACCUGGAAGAGUACAACUGGCCAGAAGUUCGGAGAAAGAAUUAUAAUCAGCUAAAAGAACUGAUCUCCAAAUUGACCAGCAGUUUUCAACUCAGUAAUGGGCGAGCGGAAGAGAGGAGCGCGCGCGAUGGUCAAAAACCCGCGUCUUGUUGA